UUCAUUGUUGUUUAUGUUUUUGUUGGCUUUGCGUACUUUCUUUUGGGAUAAACGGUAAUUUUUUGGCCAGGUAAUAGUUGCUUUCGUCGGCCUUUAUAGACCACAGGAACAUACCAUACUAAAUUAGCACCCACCUCCAAAUGGGAAAUUUCUACCCUGAAUUGUCGAAGCUCUAGAUAUCUGUAUAUGGGAAAUUGUUUCAGAGAUUUCUCACUAUCUGUUAAGGAUUAUUACAAGGUGCUUGAAGUCGAUUAUGAUGCCGCAGAUGAUAAAAUUAGGACGAACUACCUCAGGCUUGCAUUGAAAUGGCACCCAGACAAGCAUAAAGGAGAUGAUGCUGCAACUGCAAAGUUUCAAGAAAUAAAUGAAGCAUACACUGUGUUAAGCGAUCGGGUCAAGCGUCUUGAUUAUGAUAUUAGCGGAAAUUAUGAUGUGCAACAAUACACUUUAGCUGAAUAUUUGAGCCGAUUUAAAGGGAUGAUACUGACAUGCAAUGGGCUAGGAAUUGGAAAUGUACCCUCUUGUUGACACUUACACUCUCGAUGUCAGUUUUAAUUUUAUAGGUGGUGAACCUUGAGAAAAAUGCUCCAAAAUUAUAUGGUGGCCCUGGAACUUCCUAACGAUAUACUACUCAAUAAUAUGAGUUGGAAAGUCUUAAUUAACAGGUCAACUGUGGAUUGGAAAAUAUCAAUUGAUCAAGUUGAUGCCAGUUUAUAUUAAUAGACGAUAUAUCAACUUGUUCCUGUAAAUAAUCUCUCUAGUUUUAAUUUUAUAUGUGAGUUUUCAUCAAAACCAUAUUUCAUCGAGAAGAGUGCGGGACAAUGGCAUUACAGGCCAUUAAGGUAUGUUGAAUGUUGAUUCACGUGCUAAGUUGCCCUCGCUAAUAAGUGAUUGUUUGGUUGACAACAUGUGCACCUGUUGACUAUGAUCACAUAAAUAAUUCCCAAUCUGGUUGGCACUUCAUAAUAGGCUACCAUCUGUCGUAAUCGUCUUGCAGCUCUCUCAAAAACUCUUCGUAAACAGCCAUUUUUUCUGCUCAUCAAUCUUUUAUCUUGCGCUUGAAAUUCUUGCUUCACUGUAAUGACCUCAGGGAUCGAUGUAUCACAAAACAAACCUUUUAUUUCUUC